GAGAGAGAGAGGAGAUCGAUUCUCCAGUUCCAGUGCUGCUGCUGCUGUUCCUCCUCCAUGGCCGCGACUUCGUCCUCUUCGGAGAUGAUUUGGCCGCGAUUUUGAUCAUGCAUCUGUCGUUUGCUCGUUCAGGUUGCGAAGUUGAGUUCCUGAUUCGCAAUCACCGUCUUCGGUCUUCGUCGGUACAGAGCAUUCCCAGAGGUGUCGAUGAGGUGUUCGACGAAAUUCCCAAGAGAACGAAAUUUGCCCCCUCUCCACCUUCCGGCGGCGGCGGCGGCGGCGGCGACACCCUGAAAAGGCUCCAAAUGCCACCCAACCACCCUCCUGCACCGAAGCCCUUCAAGCCAUACUUCUUCUACGGACACCGCAAGCCCUCCCAGAACCGCCCCGUCGUCUACGGCGGCCUCUUCUCCUCCCGCAAGACCAUCCCCGCUCGGCAGACCCCCGAUCCCAUAAACCCCCCGGCUCCCUUCCACCUCCACAAAUGGGACCCAGACCACCACAGCCCGCUCCAGUCGCCGCCCUUGGCGGCCGAGCCUCCCUCCUCCCUCGCUGCCUCCCGCCGCCUCUCUCCGAUCGCCCGGUUCAUUGUCGAUGCGUUCCGCCGGAACCGCUGUGACUGGGGCCCACCCAUCGUUGCAGAGCUCGGCAAGCUCCGCCGCGUGACACCCGGCCUCGUUGCGGAGGUGCUCAAGGCGGAAAAUAACCCCACAGUCGCCUCCAAGUUCUUUGCUUGGGCAGGUAGGCAAAAGGGUUAUAGGCAUAACUAUGCUGCCUAUAAUGCACUUGCUUAUUGCUUGAAUAGGAACAACAAGUUCCGAGCUGCUGACCAGGUGCCCGAGUUGAUGGACUCGCAGGGGAAGCCACCUAGCGAGAAGCAAUUCGAGAUUUUGAUUAGGAUGCAUGCGGAUGCCAACAGGGGAUUGAGGCUUUACUAUGUGUAUGAGAAGAUGAAGAAGUUCGGCGUGAAGCCACGUGUGUUCUUGUAUAACAAGAUUAUUGAGGGGUUGGUGAGGACUGAUCAUUUAGAUCUGGCAUUGUCAGUUUACGAUGAUUUUAGGGAUGACGGGCUGGUUGAGGAUAGUGUCACUUACAUGAUCCUGAUAAAGGGAUUGUGUAAGGCGGGGAGGAUUAAUGAAAUGAUGGAGAUUUUGGCUAAAAUGAGAGCAAACUUGUGCAGACCGGAUGUUUUUGCAUACACGGCUAUGGUUAAGAUACUGGUUUCGAAAGGGAAUUUAGACGGAUGUUUAGGGGUGUGGGAGGAAAUGAAGAGAGAUGGUGUCGAGGCUGAUGUUAUGGCAUAUGGAACCUUGGUUACGGGAUUGUGUAAAGGAAAGAGAAUGGACAAGGCCUUUGAGUUGUUUAAGGAGAUGAAAGCAAAAGGAAUUUUGAUUGAUCGGGCGAUUUAUGGCGUAUUAGUCGAGUCAUUUGUUGCAGGUGGCAAAGUUGAAUCUGCUUGUGGCUUGUUGAAGGAUUUAAUUGACUCAGGAUAUCGAGCUGACUUGCGGAUCUAUAACUCUCUCAUUGAAGGCUUGUGUAGUGUCAAGCAGGUUGAUAAGGCUCACAAGCUUUUCUUUAUGACGUUGCAGGAGGAUCUCCAGCCAGAUUUUGGGACAGUUAAUCCCAUUCUGGUUUCUUAUGCCAAGAUGAGAAGAAUGGAGGAUUUCAGCAAGUUGCUGAUGCAGAUGGAGAAGUUUGGAUUUUCCGUGAUAAACGAUCUCUCUAGUUUCUUCUCAUCUUUUGUUUGUGAGGAAGAGAGGAUACCAAUUGCUUUAGAUGUUUUCAGGGACUUGAAAGUAAAAGGUUACUGCAGCGUGUCGAUCUACAAUAUCCUGAUGGGGGCUUUGCAAAAGUCUGGGGAUGUGAAAUCAGUAAUGUCUCUCUUUGAUGAAAUGAAGAACACCCAAAUCGAGCCUGAUUCCUUGACUUACAGUAUCGCCAUUGAAUGUCUUGUUGCGCUCGGGGAAAUAAAAGAGGCAUGUGCAUGUUAUAACAGGAUAAUGGAGAUGUCAUGUCUCCCCUCUAUAGAUGCAUAUUGCUCUCUUGCUAAAGGACUUGGCAAAACCGGGGAGAUCGACGCAACUAUGAUGCUCAUCCGUGAUUGCCUGGCCAGUGUUACGAGUGGACCCAUGGAGUUCAAAUACUCUUUGACAAUUCUCCAUGCAAGUAAGUCGGGGCAAGCUGAGAAAGUGGUUGAAGUCCUGGAUGAGAUGGUGCAGGAGGGCUUCCCUCCAAGUGAUGUUGCGUACCCUGCUGUCAUCUCUGGAUUUUGUAAGCAUGGGACAAUAGAAGAAGCUAGAAAAGUCUUUUCAUGUAUGCAAGAGCGCAAGCUUUUGAAGGAAUCAGACGCAAUUGUUUACGACGACAUGCUGGUUGAACACAUGCAGAAGAAGACAGCAGACCUAGUGUUAUCAGGAUUGAAGUUCUUUGGUCUGGAAAGAAAAUUGAAGGCAAAGGGUUGUAACCUGUUGCCUUCGUGAUGAUACAUGUGUUCUACAUUCAUUCUACCAUCACUAUAUUUAUAGGCUUCUUAGCAGCGCAAAAUGGGAUGGGCUUCCUAGCUUUGUGAUCACUAGGAUGGCCUCAAUGAAAUGCCAGGCAGUUUCUGGAUCCUUGAGAUUGCACAUUGAUCUACUGCCCUAUGCCAGUACCCUUUAUUGGGGUUAACUUGAUGUUGUUGAUCUUUGCUGCAAUUGCACCAUCACUUCAGGUCAAAGACAAAAGAAAUAGAUAAUAUCGAAAAUGAGAAGUCAGGGCCCGACCUAGAGCCUAUAAAAGUUGUUCGAUAUACCAAAGCAUGGAACAAGAGGAGUUCAACCUGUUUGAAUUCAAAAGCGGGAACAGUUACUGAUGCGAGCGAAUUCAAGCACGAUGGAGCAGCCAUCAAAGAUCGUGGAAGUAGAGGAAAUCAUGGAGUUGUGAGAGCAGUUGAAUGAUGGAGGUUCACGUGGAGAAAUGUAAUAACUGUUGAGGGGUAUUCAAGGUCAAUAAAUAGAAGGAAUGCAGAAGGCACACGGACGCUCAAGCUAUGCAAAAACUCUAUGAACUUUUCAUCUCAAGUUUUCUUCUUUGUGUUUGUAGAAAUAUUUAUUAAGUUUUACUUUUAGUACUUUUAGUUUUCAAAUCAAUCUUGUAAUCUGUGACGUGCAUUGAAUAUGAUUAUUGACAGCUAUCCAAGGUGCUCUCUAAACUAUUCUGCUUAGCUAUCAUGAUCAAAGAGUUGAGUUAUGUGUUUUGAACUGGGGUUGUGUUAGUUCAUUCAAUAUUUGUUUUUGUAUGAAUUUGAAAUCAGAGUGGUGGAAAGAAUUAAAAUGGGUGAAGAGCUGAGGGGGCUGAUGGUGUGGUUCUUACUUAUUAUGCAUGUGAUCAGCCUGCUAGCCUUGAUUGAUUGAGUACCUUUUGGCUUCCAGAACAUGUUCGAUUAGAGGCAAAACCUUAUGGUGUCUGAAUCACUGAGCGGAAUUCUUCUAAUAUCAUCUUUAGAUAAAGUGCCAGUUAUAGUGGUGGGUUGCAAGCUAGAUUUAAGAGAGGAGCGUCUGCAUAUUAGCUUGGAUCAAGUGAUGACACCAAUAAUGCAGCAAUUUUGGGAGAUCAAAACUUGUAUUGAUUGUUAAGCUUACAAACAAAUUCAGAUCCCGGAGGUUUUCUAUAAUGCGCAAAA